UUAUUUUGUGUCUUAAGCAUGGGAUAGAGUGCAACCUCAACUUUUGUUUUUUAUACCUAUAGCUUGAUUUAAAUAUUUAAAUUAUUGUUCGAAUGAUUGCACAUGUAUUAAAGUUGAAAAUUAUGGGAUUUUUGCGAGAAACUGCUGUGUCAAAUUUAGAUCAUGCAAUUGCAGGAGCUGCCAGUGGAUUUAUAACAAGAUUUUUAUGUCAGCCUUUAGAUGUUAUAAAAAUUAGAUUUCAAUUACAAGUUGAACCAAUUUCAAAGGCUCAUAUUAGCAAAUAUAAUUCUGUACCACAAGCUUUUUUACUAAUAUUUAAAGAGGAAGGAAUUUCUGCUUUGUGGAAGGGCCAUAUACCUGCACAAUUGUUGUCAGUUACCUAUGGGAUGGCUCAGUUUUAUUCUUAUAAUGUGUUUAUGCAAAUGAUGCAAAGUGUACCAAGAAUUGAGAAAUGGAACCAUUCAAUGCAUUUUAUCGCUGGUGCUGGUGCUGGAAGCAUUGCAACAAUAGUUUCAUUUCCUUUUGAUACUAUAAGGACUAGAUUAGUAGCCCAAUCAAAUAAUCAUCAAGUAUACAAAGGAGUGCUACAUUCUUGUAGUAACAUAUUUAUUUGCUUUUUUAGUACGAUUCUUCGACAAGAAUCGCCGAAGGUCUUCUUUUCUGGUCUAUUACCAACUUUAUUGCAAAUUGCUCCACACACUGGCUUGCAAUUUGCAUUCUAUGAAUUUUUCACAAAUUUCUAUAAAAAAUACACUUCUGAUACCAAUACUAAUUUCAAUAAUUCCAUGUUAUCUGGUAGCAUUGCUGGAUUUAUUGCGAAAACGAUCGUUUAUCCGUUUGAUCUUGCUAGAAAGAGGUUGCAGAUACAAGGUUUUCAACAUGGUCGUAAAGGAUUUGGUAAGUUCUUUCAGUGUAACGGAUUAUUGGAUUGCUUGAGAGUGACUGUAAAAGAAGAAAGGAUACAAGGUCUCUUCAAAGGUCUAGUACCGAGUCAGAUAAAAGCUGCCGCAACUUCAGCUUUGCAUUUUACCAUGUAUGAACAAGUUUUGCUAGUCUUAAGAAUAUUGUAAUAUAACAGCAAGUUUAAAUUAGAAGAACUUAUUUUAACUUAUUU